AUGAUCGCUUUCGCGAAAAGUCUACUCUUAUCCUCUCGCGAUGCGAGGGCGAAUGGUGCGCAUGGAGUUGAUAAUAUGCCACAGACGCCGGGAAAGAGAAAGAUUGGUGACACUACGAAUGAAAUCGAAGACACGCCUAUAAAAAAGGAGCCUGGCUCAAAUACGUCCACAAAGCGACGCAAGAUAAAUGGCAUCCCGCCUCGAAGAACAAGGCCCUCCAAGCAGCUCAACAAUGCACCAACCCAACGACUCGAUAUUUCAGUAUUCGGAAGCGGGGAGAAUGGCGAAUUGGGUCUGGGGAAUAAAAGCCAUAACAACAAGAGCCCUAUGAAGGCAAACAAGCCCCGCCUCAACCAUUUGCUAAAUGCCGAGGAUGUAGGCAUUGUCCAAGUAGCGGUCGGAAGCGUGCAUUGCGCUGCGCUCACACAUGACGGUCGAGUCUUGACUUGGGGUGUCAACGAUUCCAAGGCUCUCGGUAGAAGUACAAAAUGUGAUCCGCCGGUGCAACCUGACAAAGAUGUAACGGAUUUGAACCCCCUCGAAAGCACGCCCGCGCCUGUGGAAGGACUGAAAAAUUUGGGAUCCGAUAUUACACAAGUCGCUGUCACUGAUAAUGCGACCUUUGUCCUCACCAGAUCGGGACUUGUAUAUGGCUGGGGCACUUUCUUUGGCAGUGACGGUGUAUACGGAUUUUUGCGAGAGAAGAUGCGCCCAAAGAAUAAAUCCAAGUAUAAAGAACGCUUUCAGGUCACACCCAUCCAAAUAGGUGGCCUCAAAGAUAUCAAAAAGCUUUCCGCGGGCGGAAACCACGUGCUCGCUCUCACGGAAUCAGGAGACGUGUACGCCUGGGGGUCCGGACAACAAGCCGAACUUGGUCGCCGUCUCGUCCAACGGCACCAAUUCGAAUCCUUGAUCCCACGGAUGGUCGACCUACCGAGGAAGGGAAUCGUCAAAGCCUUUGCCGGAUUCAAUCAUAGCUUCGCGAUAGACAAGGAGGGCCAAGCCUGGACCUGGGGGCUAAAUAAUUUCGGACAGACAGGUCUUGCCGCCAACGAGGAUAAUCUUCAUGUUGGCACCCCGACAGUCAUCCAGGGGCUGAAAGGGUACAAGAUUCGCCAUAUGGCGGGUGGCUUUCAGCAUAGCCUGGCGUGCACCGAGGAUGGAAAUGUUCUCGCUUGGGGGAGGUGUGACAACAGUCAAGUUGGCAUCGACGUGUCUGCCUUGCCCAGGGAACAUGUCCUGUGCGACAGCCGAGGACGGCCGAGGAUUUUGCUGCAGCCCACCAUCGUCCCUGGAAUCACGGCUACUCUCGUCGCGGCCGGCAUCGACAACUCCUUCGCCAUCGCCCCAGAAGGCAAAGUCCUGACCUGGGGAUAUUCUGAAAACUGUCGAGCAGGCCAAGGGGCCGACACAACGAUUGAGACGCCUACAGAACUUACGGGAAAGGUUGUUUCCGGUAAAUCGUUUACAUUUGCUGCCUGCAGAGGGCAAUUCUCACUCAUUGCGAGUCCACGAAAGUCUUGA